UAAUUCGAAGUCAUCGCUAAUGAAGGGCCCGACCGCGAGAGCUUCAUUAAGGCACUCAGAAACAAAAAUGAAAAUCUUCGCUUCCGCUGGCGCAGGGUUCAAUUGGGCUGAUGUGGAUGCCCUUGAUCGUCGCGGCAUUUGGUAUUGCAACGGAGCCGGUGCAAGUGAUGAGGCUGUGUCUGAUACAGCUCUCUUCAUGAUUCUCUCCGUGUUUCGCAACUUUGGCGGUCACAGAGAGGGGGCGCAUCCUGAACAGUUUCUCGCCAUGCAUAGGUUGGUUGGCAGUAUAUCUUACAAUCCUCGUGGCCACGUAUUGGGCAAUGUGGGAUUAGGGAAUAUCAGCAAGCUGCUGGCAUUUAGGGCGCAAGACAGCACCGGGAAUGAAAAUUCAUUACUACGGAGGCUGACCUUGAGGCAAUAUAUCACUCCAACACACGAACUGCUGUCUGUUGCGGACUGUGUCACCCUCCAUACUCCGCUCAAUAAGUAUACCCAGGACUUUAUUAAGAAGGAAACUUUUGCGGCUAUGAAGGACGGCACUAGUCUGGUUAAUACCGCUCGUCGACAAGUGAGCGGAAAGGUAGCUGCGGCGGGACUCGAUGUUCACCACCACGAGCCACAGGUAUCAAAGGAGCUGGCAGCGAUGAAUAAUGUGACUUUGGCAUGCCAUAAUGGUGGUGCUUCCAUCACAAUGCGGAUCAACUCCGAGUUGAAUGCAAUGAAGAAUAUCUUGCAGGUGAAUGGGUCAGACGGGGAAUUUAGCGGUGCCCCCCCUAUCACACCUGUUAAUGAAAAAGCGUUCAAAGGAAGUUCA